AUGCUUAACACAAAAAACUACAAUGCCCUAAGUCUGGCUCAGCCCACAGAUUUCAAGGGAAUGCUGAACUCUGGCGAGCUUCUCUGGGGUACUGGAUGCCGAAUCCCCCAUCCAGAGGCCGCGCGAAUUGUUGCUGCAACGCCAUAUCAUUUCUGUUUUCUGGACGCGGAACACGCGCCUCUUAAUGCAACGCUCCUCGUCAGUCUCAUCCGAACAAUCCAAUAUCACUCCAAUGGCUCGAUGGUUCCCUUCGUCCGGAUCCCUAAAUGCUCACCCGAGCUUUACAAUUAUGCUCUGGGUGCGGGUGCUGGCGGAGUGGUCAUGCCUCACGUCCAGAAUGAAAAACAGGCACAGGAACUGGUCCGGCUAUGCCGGUUUCCACCAACAGGGGAGCGCAGUUUCCCACCUGCAGCUUUGAUUGGCGAGCAGCAGAACCAAACUCCAGAAGGCAAAACUACGUAUGAUGUGUGGAAUGAACACGCCGCUGUGAUCUGUCAGAUUGAAGAUUUAGAGGGGCUGGAGAAUGUCGAAAAGAUAUGUCAAGUCCCAGGGGUGGACGGCCUAUUUAUCGGCACGGGUGAUCUGCGCAUGUGUUUGAAACUAGCUCACGGGUCACUCGACGGCGAUGAACCAGUAUUUCUGUCCGCGCUUCGCAGGAUUCGUGAUGCGGCAAAGGCUAGAAAUCUUCCCAUCAUGGGCUUCGGUAUCUCGCCUUCUGGAGUGGAGCUUAGGAAGAAGAUGGGUUGGAAUGCGUUCAUUAUUCAUGGGGAUAUUGAUGCCAUCUGCACAUCAGCCGUCCAAUCUCUGCAGACAUACAAUGACCCAACUCAUGGACCUGGGGCCAAUGGGUAUCGAGCCGUGGGGGAGGAUGGUUUUGAGGUGGUUCCUAUGUAG